UCAGUCGUCUAUACAUGUCAGGUGUGUUUACAUGGCUAGCUGGAUACUGUCAUAACUGGAUCUCGGAAUAUAUAUCAGAUGCAUUAUAUAUAGCACAUGGAGGAAAAAUGAGUGCUCAUAAAUCUUCAGGGGUAACUAAAACUACUGAAAUGGAAGGUUCUUCAGAUGUUGUGCCAGGAGUUGAAGAUGAUGCUGAAAACGCAAGCUCUGCUGUGUGUGCAAGUCAGGUACCCUUGCAAGACCUUGAGGAACGACUAAGUACAAGUGGGACCAUAAACCAAGAUGCUGGUCAAAGUAGUCAGCCCAACAGUCUUGCCUAUUCUGGGGACAAUGAAGAGGAGUAUCUGCGUGCAACAUGGCAGCGUCUAGGAGUCGGUCAUGAUGGUUACCUCUCAUUGGAUGAGCUUGCUACUGUCUGUCAUGCAAUUGGAAUGGAGAAGGUUGCAAAUGAGGUGUUGGAACAGCUGUUCAGCAGGCUGGAUGUUGACGGUGACGGGAGGAUCAGCUUCGAAGAGUUUGUCCACAUGUUCCAGAAUGGAGGACCCAGUGGAAAUAAUUCCUUGGUUUUUGAUGAAUCCUUGCAUCAGGAUUUGCCAGGGGCUCCGCUAAGUAGAAUGAGCUCAGUUAGUGAUGAACGUCGUGGUAUAUCAGCAACCGAGUUCAGUGUAUUCUCAUCGAUUGAUCCGGACAGCACUGGGUAUGCCACUGUGGACAAUAUACUUGAGCUGUGGGAGUCCCUGAACAUCAGUAAUGGUGUGAACCUCUUAAAGGAGAUGGGCUUCCCGCAUCGCUCACAUGAGCGCCUUUCUCUGUGUGACCUCUCUUCUGCUCUGGAGGAGGAGUGCCAGAUUACCGAGGACCAGGGGUCAGGCACCAGUGUUGCAGCGGUCAAUGUGGCGCUUCUUACUUACCUCCAUGACAUCAAAUACCUUCGAUUUUCUCUGGACGCUGCACGUGGCGAGAGAAAGAAGCUCCGUGUUGACCUGAAUGAAGCCAACCAGCGGCUGACUUUGUUGGCUCAGGAGCUUGAUGACCAUAAUGCCCACAUGGAAGCGUCGUCUCAAUAUCAGAUACAAGAGUUGGAGAGACAGUACCGAGAUCAGGUGAGGGAGUUGCAGGAAGCUGUGACCCACGAGCGGGACUCUGCUCGGGAACAGGUAUCCACUGUUGCACGGGAAAUGCAAGCUCAGAACACUCACUUGCAGCAGGAAGAAUCAAAACUGAAGUCCAAAUUAUCCUCUCUUUAUGCUGACAUAAAACGUUUGGAGGCUGAAAACACAGAGCUUAGUGAGAAGUUGCAGGAGGCAGAGAAACAACUAUCUCAGAUGGAAAAACAAGUGGCAGAUAUGCAGACUCUCAAGAAUAAAGUUGCAGAGUACGAGUCCAUGAGUCCUAGAGAAGAAGAAUAUCGCAGACUUCUGGAUCGUCUAGAAAGAGUCACUGUAGAAAACCAACAUCUUCGAGACAACAAUGAUGAACUGUUGUCUCAGAUUGACUCCUUCCCUAUGCGUCAAAACAAUGUCAGAAACAGUGAUAAGGAUAGUAGCUUGGAUGGCUCCUGCCUCGGGGACUAUGUAGACCAGCCUAUGGGUCUGCUGGCACCAGUGAAGCGUCGGGGAUCAAAUAGUGGCUCUGGAGACGAUAGCUGUGAGGAAGAAAGUCCAAGAGGCAGCAAAGUACGGCGUUGCAGUAAAGGCCUCAAUGUCCACUAUGUUGAUGUUGGUUCAUACGAUGAGUCAUUCUUUGACUCGAGCAUGAGCAGUCUUUUGAAAAGCUCUCCAGCCCCGUCCACUCAGCCUCUGAACGCUUCCCAGCCAACAUCACUAGACGAACUCAUCCGAGUCCCUCGCAGAAGUUCUGGUGACAGUGAUGCUGGUGAAAGUAGCUUGGGUAUCAAGAAUGCAUCCCAGUUAGUCAACAAGGAGCUGAAACAGGUAUUUAAGCAAGUGCGAGCAAGUAUCAAGGAAGAGUAUAAAAGUGACUUACAUGAAGACUCGGGCUCACAAGGACUAGAUGAAACCCAUAAAAUCAAAUGUGAGCGAAGCAACACUUCGCUAAAUCGAUCUUGUAAAAUGACGGCACGGGAGCUUGUGGAAUGGGAGUUAUCUCAGCUUCAGAAGGAGCAGGAAAGACUUCAGAAAAUAAACCAAGAAUUGGAGGCUGAAUUAAUGCAGUUACGAGAGGAGAAGAACAGGCUGGCCAGACAGUUAGCAAUGCAACAAGAAGAAUUUGCACACAAGUUAGAAAAGAAGGAGUUUGAAUGUGAAGUGGCACUGCAUCAGUGUUCUGGGGUACGAGAACAGCUGGAGAAGACAACAACACAGCUCAACAGCUCCCCACCAGAAACUUGUCGUGUAAACUUUCACCUUGCUUCUACACCAGUGAAAUCCUCGCACUCAGCACCCGCCAGCUUAAGGGAUAAGUGUGUGAGGUGUGGUGACACACAGGGUCAGUUAACUGUGGCAUUAGAGGAACUAGAGAUGGCCCUACGCAGAGAGGAGCAGGAGCGAAUGCAGCGCAUCAGUGUUGAAACAAUACUCACCAAUAGGCAUGACCUAGAUAGUCCUGCAGAAUCUGGAGGUGCUGACUCAAUUACCACAACAUAUCCAGGAUCUACAUCAGAACUUUCUACUGCUGCCAAACCAGUGUUCCUUAGGUCAUUGCAUACUGCAGGAGAGGGCAGAGUACGAGUGCUAGAAGAGCAGUACCGGGGACUGGAAGGGGAGUUGGCUAGAGUAAGGGUAGAGGUGCUGAAGAUGGUUGAAGAAAGGGGCCAAUUGUGUUUGAGGACAAACCUUGAGAAGCAAAGAGAAAUAGAGUUCGAAAACAUGAGAAAGCGCUAUCGAUCUCUAAUAGAAAAGAUACAAAAAAAGCGACGUGCUCUUGCACCAAAGGAAGAUAAUACCAAAGAAAAAGAGGAAAGCUGUAAUGAAACUGAACAGGAUGGAGACACGAACCAAUCACGGUGCAGCCAGUUGAGCGAUGCCGCCUGCAAGACAAAUUAUCUGGACAAAGACAAGAUGGAUGGGUUUGUCUCAGAGCUCUCAAAGGAUGAUUUCAAAGUUCUUGAAGAACAGGUUCUUGCCCUGGAAGAAGAAAUGAGUCAAGAACGAGACAGCCUGGAGAAGCAGAGAGCCAGCUUAUUGGAAAAGAAUAACAAACUGGAACAGGACUUGGAGAUACUACGUGUAGAAUUUGAUAAGAGUGAAGACUAUUGGACACUGAAACUACAGGAGGAACAGGAUUACUAUGAAGAAGAACGGCGUCUUUAUGAUGACAAAUUCUCUGCCCUGGAGAAAAAAAUUCGGGAAUACGAGGAGCUGGUCUUGUCUGGUGGAGGCGGAGGAGGACGAGAGAAUUCAGAGGAAUCUGAUCGCCUGUCAACCAUUGAUGAGAGUGCAGUUUGGGAAAAGCAGGUUACCGAGCUGGAGGAAGAGGUGGCUCUCUUGCGAAAACAAAUUGAUGACCUCAGGGAAGAGAGGCGUCACGUGGAAAGCAAAAUGGAGGCACGUGUGUCAGAGGAACGACAGUUGGCAGCUCACGAGUGUGCCAACCUCCAGGACCAAGUGAAUAAUCUUUCAUCCCAACUUCAUCAGGCCCAACUACAAGUCACAACUGUCCUAGAAGAAUUGGAUAAAGUGCGUAGAGAGUCCGAGCAACGCAUACAGGAACUAGCAAAUCAACAGAGAUUGCACAUGCAGGUGAGAGUUCCCUUAAUGAAUGGCCAUGCCACAGAAGUUGAGGAGCCACCCAGCCCAGAAACACACGAAAACAGGCCAAGUUAUCAGGGUUCUGGAAGUAUAGGAGAAGAAACUAUAAAUGGGUCAUUACGAGCCCAAUUACGCCAAUGUCAAGAGCGAUUACGAAUCCUUGAAGCUGCACUUCGUCAACAUCAUACACAUGCUUCUCAAAUACUAACAGUAACUAGGGAACAACAUGCAGCUGAAGUGCAAAACUUAGAGAGUAUGUUGGCAGCUACUCAGCAAAUGCUUGGUCAACAUAUUGCCAAAUACAAGGACCAGGUGAGAAACAUGCUAAGUAAGGCCAGUCGUAGUGAUUCUCUUGUUAAAGAACUGUACCUAGAAAAUGCGCAGCUGAUGAGAGCUCUACAGAUAACAGAAAACCGACAAAAGUCGGCAGAAGAAACGAGCCGAAGAUUGCAGAUGGCAGCAUUAGGACCCCAUACAAUUUCAUAAAGCGAUUAAUUGGGGCAAGACUAAAGUUUGAUUUUUUACCUGUGACCAUAAAUGUUUGAAGCAUGUGCUUCAAUAAAUGUCAUGCUUUCAACCUAAUUUAAAAUAUGAAUGGAUUUACACAGUGUUUUUGAAUGUUUAUUGCUAUCUGAAGAUAAUCUUACAUUAGUUACAUGAAUGAGAGAAUUGUUUUACAGUGCCUCAGCAAAUACCUGGAAAUCUGCCAUGUUAUUUUUAUAUAAAGAAUAUUGGCAUUUCCAUCCCAGUCCAGUCUUUCGUAAAAAUUUCACUAGUUAAUGUUUUAGUUGUACGCAUUAUUUUAUGUUUAACAUAUUGUAUUUUCCUACUUGAGAAGUCAAUAUUUUUAGAAUAUUUCUUCUUUUAAAAGAAGUGAAUGUCUUCUAUUAUCAUGUGAUCAUUACUGUCUGGUUGUAGUUACUUAUAAAUUAAGUUAGAAUUUGUGACUGCAUAUUAUUCAUGUUUGAGUGUGUGAAUGGAGCCUACUAGAGCAUUGACUUUUAUCAGUAAUAUUUAAGUAAAUAAGUUGUUAACAAUAGGAAUGAAAAACUCUAGUCAAGAUGCUUGUUCUUUUUGUAAUCAGCGUGAAUGUUUUUAUCAA